AUUGACAAUCGAUGUUUCCACCAAUAAACGUGAAGAUCAGAAAAAUAGUGUAAUUUGUCGUCGCUAAGUUGGCAAUAUUUAUUCGCUAUAUUCCUAACCUAUAAAUGUUGACAAAAGACCAUGCUUGCUACGCUGUGUAAACUUCUAAUAGUAGUUAUAUGCAAUUAAAAAGUGUGUAUUUAUUUUUAUAAAAAAUCAAUAUUUUUCUAAAUUAAAAUGGGGAAGAAAUCGAAGAUUGGAAAACAGAGGAAAGAUAAAUAUUAUCAAUUAGCCAAAGAAACAGGUUAUAGAUCACGUGCUGCUUUCAAGUUAAUUCAAUUAAAUCGGAAAUUCAACUUUCUUCAAAAGUCCAGAGUAUGCAUCGAUUUAUGUGCUGCACCUGGUGGUUGGAUGCAAGUUGCCAAGCAAAAUAUGCCCAUGUCGUCGGUAGUUGUUGGCAUAGAUUUAUUUCCAAUAAAACCUAUCCCAGGAUGCAUGAGUAUUGUGGAAGAUAUUACAACAGAUAAAUGUAGAGUGGCUCUUUCACGUGAAUUGAAAACAUGGAAGGCUGAUGUCGUUUUAAACGAUGGUGCCCCAAAUGUAGGAAAAAAUUGGCUACAUGACGCAUUUCAGCAAUCCGUUCUGACAUUGUCAGCCCUUAAAUUAGCCACUCAAUUCUUAAGAGGGGGUGGUUGGUUUAUAACAAAAAUAUUUCGAUCAAAAGAUUAUCACCCAUUAAUCUGGGUGCUAAAGCAAUUGUUUGAAAAGGUACAUGCUACUAAACCUCAGGCCUCACGUACUGAAUCCGCAGAAAUUUUUGUAGUUUGUCAACAUUAUAUUGCUCCUGAUAAAGUAGAUCCCAAAUUUUUCGAUCCAAAGCAUGUUUUUUCUGAAUUGGAAAUCGAACCUACGAACAAAUUAAAUUUUCUUCAGCCAGAAAAGAAGAAACCUAAAGUAGAAGGAUAUCCUGAGAAUGAUUACACAUUAUAUCACAAAUUAUCUGCAAAAGAGUUUAUUGCCUGUGAAGACGCAGUAAAAGCUUUACAGAAUGCUUCUGAAAUAGUGAUUGAUGAUGAAAUUAUCGAUAAGCACGAAAAAACGACAAAAGAAAUUAGAGAAUGUUGCAAAGAUAUCAAAGUACUUGGACGAAAAGAUUUGAAACUUUUACUUAAUUGGUGGAAAGCGUUAAAAAAGACAGAAGCUGAAACAAAGGAGGAAGUAAAAACAAAUGAAGAAACUACUGCACCUGCGAUUCUCGAAAAACAAAGUCUCGAAGAACAGGAAGAUUUAGAAGAUGAGGCGAUUCAGAAACAGAUCGCCGAACUUCGGGAAGAAGAAGCAAAAGAGUUAAAACGCCAAAAGAAGAAAGCUAGGAAAGAAAGGCAGAAGUUGAACGAACGUCUCAAUUUGAAAAUGAUUCAUAAGCGCGACGAAGGGCCUAAAUUAGAGGGAGAUGAUUUGUUUAAACUGAAUCAGAUUCAAACCUAUGAACAAUUAGAACAAGUUACAAAUCAAGCGCCGGAUAUUGUAGCAGAGAGCGAUGUGGACUCGGAUGAAGAAAUCAAACCGAAAACGACUCAUUAUGAGAAAGAUUCAGGUCACUUGGACAGUAAGAGUUUAUACUACACAUCAGAAAAUAGCGAGGAAAGUGAUAUAAAUGCAUCAGAUGAUGAUGAUGAUGAUGAUGAUAUAAGUAGUGAAAAAUCUGGACUAGGUUUGGACAAUUCAGAGGAUGAAAGUAUUACUAAACUGCAAAAGAAUCCAAAAAUAAUAGAUCCUGAAAGUAAUCCAUUGUUAACUGAUCUAGACUUUCGGGACAAAGAAACCAAAAGAAUUCAUAAGGCAGCACUUUGGUUUGAAAAAGAUGUGUUUAAAAAUUUAGAAAAUGACGAUGAUGCAGAUUAUGAAUUGGACAAAGUGAUCAAGGAGUAUAAGCAAAAAGGUGGACAUAUUAUCGGAGAAGAGGAGAAAAUGCAAGAGAAAGUAGACGAGGAAAAGAAACGGAAACGUAAAAUCAGUGAAAGUGAUGCUGAAAAUUCGGAUUAUGAUGUGGAAGAAAUGAUGGCGUCUAAAAAAAAAUUGAAAAAGAUCGGCGGAAAGGAUGGCUUUGAAAUAGUGUCAAAAGAAACAGAUACAAAACCGAAGAAAAAGAAAUUGACUCCUGAGGAUUUAGCACUUGGAUCGUUGCUGAUUCAAAGUAAAAAAUCUCGAAGAGAUUUGAUCGAUUCGGCUUGGAAUAGAUAUGCAUUUAACGACGAGAAAUUACCCGAUUGGUUUGUAAAAGACGAGGAGAAACAUAUGAAGAAGGAGGUGCCUGUACCUAAAGAACUCGCCGAUGAAUAUAAAAAGAGGGUUGAAGACUUAAAUGUUAGACCUAUUAAGAAAGUAAUGGAGGCUAAAGCAAGGAAAAAGAAACGCGCAAUGCGCAAACUAGAGAAGGCCAAGAAGAAGGUUGAGGCAUUGAUGGAUAAUGCAGAAAUCAGUGACAAGGAAAAGGCCAGACAAGUUAAAGCGUUGUACAAGAAAGCUCGACAGGAGCCAAAAAAACAAGUUACGUAUAUCGUAGCAAAGAAACACACCACGCAGAAGAGGGCUGUCCGGCCUCCUGGAGUGAAAGGUCGAUAUAAAAUAGUCGAUCCGAGGAUGAAGAAAGAUUUACGCGCGGCGAAAGCGAAGGAAAAAACUAAAGGACGCGGAAAGAAAAAUCGAGGUGAUAAUCUUGGAAAAAGAUCGAGAGGGAAGCCUAAAACCGUGAAGAGAAAAAGUAAAUGAUCUUUUCAUAUUUUCAAAUUAUAAAAUGAAUUUUUUAAUUCAUAAGAACUAGGCUAUUUAUGCAUUUAUUUGCGUAAUGCAGUUACAGGAUAUGUAAAUAAAUACUGUUUCUAUUACAUAUUAAAGAA